AUGGCGGAAGCCCAGUACGUUCAGUGGCUAUCCGCUACAAACCCGACAGCCCAGGUCCAAACCAUCAAGGCCUUGGCGUGGGGGAUCCAGGAAGGUCAGCGCCGACAGGAGGAACAACAAAGAGCUACCGAAGCGGCAGCCAACGUUCCGAGUAACUCCUCAGGAUCAGCCAUCCGUGGAACAGCUAGCACAGCUGGACUCCUUCCUGGGAGAGCAGAUUGGGAGACUCGGAAGGCACUCCUCAAGGACCUAGUGGGAAUCCCUGAGUACUUGGGGCAAUUCAAGGACGAUGCGGCGCGCAAAUGGAUACUCGCGUGUGAGCGCCACUUCCAGGAUGUGGAAGGGCUUACCGAAGUCGAGAUCUCAGAUACUCAGAAAAUUAUUGCAGCCAAAUCGAAUCUCCGGAAAGCUGCCGAAGACCGAUGGCGGGUCAUGUACGGAAGAAAAUCAAUUCAAGGCAUGCAAUGGGAAGAGUUCAAAACUUGGGUUGAAGAACAAUUCAGUGAAUACCUCAGUCCGGAAAAGAGGUAUGCCAAAUACCGAAGGAUGACCCAGGGGAACCAAACUCCUUUUCAUAAGUAUGCAGCCGACCUACGCCAAGCGGCAGACGAUCUGGAAUUCAGAAAUAUGUCCGAAGACCUGAUGAUAGCGGAUCUGAUUCAUGGUGCCAAGGCAGAUCUCCAGGUCCGGUGGCAUGCUUUACCAAAGCAUCCUACCGAAUGGAACGCCGUUGUGAAAGCCUUUGUGGGCCUGGAAGAGGGAGCUACUAGAGGACAUGCUGUAUCAAUAACAGGUGACCCUAUGGACCUCUCAUACAUGCAAGGUGCACCGCUAGGAUCCACUUCAGGGAGGAAGAAAGAAUUCAAACAGACAUCAGAGAAGAAGGGAAAGCAAGUGAGACGCGCUCUGAGGAAGCGCAUUACUCAGGCCUAUCUUUUUCUUGUGCAGCCUACACAAGAUGAGGCUGAGGGUUCGGAAUUCAAGCUGGUCGUUCCGCACCAUGACGACUCGAGAGUUAGGGAGAUUCUUCUGAAGCAUCAGAAGGUCUUUCCGGAAGAAUUGCCGAAGGAGCUACCGCCAGAACGUGACCACGCGCAUGAGGUGGAUACAGGGGACGCCAACCCUGUGAAUAUUAAUGCAUAUCCGCUUUCCGUGGAGAAAUUGGAUGAGUUGGGCCGCCAAAUUGAGGAUCUGAUUCAGAAGGGCCUGAUCCAACCGUCCGCAAGUCCAUGGGGGUUCCCAGUCGUUUUUGUUCGGAAACCGGACAAUAAAUGGAGGAUGUGUAUUGAUUACCGAGCACUGAACGAGGUCACUUUGAAGAAUGGUUAUCCCUUACCGAGGGUUCAAGAACUCCUUGAUAUCAUCGGUAAGGCUAAAUUCUUGUCAAAGAUUGACCUGGCGUCGGGAUAUUGGCAGGUUCGUAUGGAAGAAUCCGCCAUUCCGAAGACAGCUUUCAACACAGUCUGGGGGAAAUUCGAAUGGCUCGCCAUGCCAUUCGGGCUGUGCAAUGCACCCGCCACAUUCCAGACUUUGAUGAAUCAAACCUUACAGCCACUUCUCGGAAAGUGUGUGGUUGUGUAUCUGGACGACAUCUUAAUCUUUUCUGAAUCAAUGAAUGACCAUUACCGACAUCUUGACCAGGUCCUACAGCUAUUGGAACAGCAACAAUUAUAUGCACGACCGCAAAAGUGCAUAUUUGCUACCCAGCAACUAGAGUUCUGUGGUCAUAUCGUCGGAAAUGGAACAGUUCGUACCCAACCAGAAAAGAUCAAAGUCAUCCAGGAAUGGCCACGGCCAAGGAAUGUGCACGAAGUUCGACAGUUCCUUGGUCUCGCCACAUAUUAUCGACGGUUUAUCCGAAGCUUCGCACGAAUUGCAGCACCGCUACAUGAGCUUCUAAAAGAAGCUGAUGCUCAGCUUCGGGUAAAAAAAUUUCGUCCUGUCAGAUGGAACACCGCAGCAGGAUUGGCUUUUCGGAAUCUUAAGGAAGCCAUGGUUACUGCACCGGUUCUGAUGCAGCCAGACCGACUCAAACCCUUCAUUAUCGAGACCGAUGCAUCAGAAUGGGCUAUCGGUUUCGUACUGUAUCAAGAAGGCGAGGAUCAAAAGUUGCAUCCAGUAGCAUUUGACGGUCGAAAAUUGAGUACCGCAGAACUGAAUUAUCCGGUCCAUGAAAAGGAGCUGCUUGCAAUCAAGGAAGCACUCCGACUGUGGGAUCGAUACAUCGAGAACGGAACCACCACAAGAAUCAUCACAGACCAUGCCAGCCUGCAAUACCUCCAGACAACUAAAACAUAUAGCAAGCGACUGGCUAGAUGGGUGGAUGAAUUUCAGCAGUAUGACCUUAAGAUUCAGUACCGAAAGGGGUCAGAAGCUGUGGUUCCAGAUGCAAUCAGUCGGCGGCCGGAUUUCGUCGAAGACACACCAGCCAAUAUAGCUCAAGAUCGCCCUGACUGGGUGGCUCAGUUAAACACUCUUACAGUAGGGGAUUUUUCAGAACAAGACUGGCUCAAAGCCACUGAGGAAUUCUUGCGUUCUGGACACCUCCCUACCAACAAGAAGCUGAGCCGAUACGUCAGAAAAUUUGCACCACACCUCGGCUACAGAACAGUGAAAUUACCAAUGAGAGCUGAUGCGGACACUAACCGUCAACUGGUUUUCACACAUGCUGACGGGGUGGUGGCACCAUAUCUUGAAAUGCCCCUCCGAGAGGAUUUCGUGCGCAGAAUGCACGAGGAAUUUGGACACUUGGGAUAUCCUGGUCUUCAGGGAGUAACACGGCCCCGCGCCUGGUGGCCGACAAUACGAACUGACAUCCAGGAAACUGUUAAGAGAUGUCCAAACUGUCAGGUUGCCCAGGGAUUAAACGAAUCCCUGGAAAGAGAGACUGCACAGCACCUUGUGAAGGAAGGAAUCCGUCCGUUUGAAAGGUGGGGGAUCGAUCUUGUGGGUCGCUUACCGAAGACUCCGAACGGUAACCAAUGGAUCAUCACCGCCAUUGAUUACGCUACUGGUUGGACUGUGGCUCGUGCUGUACCGGAUGCCACGGAAGAAACCAUUGGCCAGUUCUUACACGAGGAUAUCUUCAUUCAAUACGGUGCACCACGGGAAAUAAUUACCGACAAUGGCCGGAACCUGAUUGCUAAAGCAGUGGAAUAUUACAUCAAACUUUUGAAAGCCAAGCACCGGACCACCACCCCGUAUCACCCCAGAACGAACGGGAAAGUUGAAAACUUUAACGGGAUACUGGGCCGGAUGCUGACAAAAUACCUAAUGGGUAAACCAACCCGACUGUGGGAUGAAUACCUACCGCAAGCUCUUUUUGCCGCAAGGGUUCAUGAACAUAGUGUGCUCGGUGUGAGCCCGUACUAUCUGGUGUACGGAGAACAUCCAAGGAUUCCGAGUGACGAGAAUUCGGAAUGGGACGACUCAGUAGGACCUUUCCAAGAUUGGGAAGAUCGAGUCCGUCUGAUAAAUCAUGCGCGGUCUAAAGCAAAUGAGCUUCUGUUAAAUCGAGCUAUCAAAACCCAGAGAAUUAGGGAUGAAGCUGUGACCAAAACGAGUUUCAAACCAGGACAAUGGGUAUUGCUUCGGAAUGAGUAUCGACAGAAGCUGGAUUGCCGCUGGUACGGCCCCUACCAGAUCUUGAAGGCGCAUCCAUUGGGCACAUAUGCGCUGGCCGAACCAGGAGGAAGGGUCUUGAGGAAUUUGAUCAACGGAGCGAGGCUUAUCGAAGCGCAAGUUGAUAAUCCAGAUAGGCUGUGGACAUCGUCACUAGCAAAGCGGGCUAUUCAAAAAGCGGGCUACACGCUACACAAACCACAGGAAAUUCGCAAGAUCCUAGACAGCGAGGAGCCUACACCCCCCUCAUACUCAGAACUCUCCACCAUCACCAGAGCUGAGUGGGAAGCACGUGAACGUUCAGGGGAACAUUCAGUUUCAGUGGGGGAGGAUGAGGCUAUCACGGAACGUGUCAUUUCGAAGAAACGAAUGAAGCAGCAACGUACCGUGAGGGCUGUCAAAUCUUCCGCAGCAAAAGGCCCUGCUAAAGGUUACCGAACGACAAUUGAAUACUGA